GGAAGUGCAAGCAUCGAGUUGCUGGAUUAGCUGUUAGAAACUAUUUUUCACAGAAAGCCUCUAAGGAAAGAAUAUUUUCUAAAUUUGAAGACAUUCCUCUGCAACAAUUCAACUUUUGUAACUCUUAAAAGGGAAAAAAAUGGUCCCCUCUCCCCCUUGCAGAGGGCCCCCUGCCCCUGUCCUCGCUCAGGCUCCUGGUUCCACCACUGAGGAUGAUGACGGCUGUGAUGUGGAAGGUGGUUCGUCUGAGAGACAUAAUGCAUUAUGGGAAAGUGGAGGAGUUCGUUUCCUUGGUGACUGAAGCCAUCCCUGACAUCUUUACAGAGAGACAGAUGAGACUGCUCACUCUGGGCCUAAGAUCAAAGAUGAUGUUACAGAUAUUAAGCUCUGAAAAGCCAGAGGACUUCACAGAUGUUAAAACACGUUUGAACAGCCUGAUGCCAUCUACCUCAAAACUGGUGCAUCCAGGAAAUGAAGCGAUGGAAUCCAACUUUGUCAAGCUUAUUCAGAGACUCGUGGACGACCCAAAAGGGAGAGAGCACUUCCUCAAGAAUGUGUUUCCGGUGGAGUAUGGGUCUGACUUUGACACAGCUCUGGAGACUGUGUUUUGUGAGUUCUUCACCAGACUGGAUAAGUUGCUGCUUAUACCAGACUUUAAGCAGACAGCAAUGUUGAUUGGUGACACACCCUCUGCGCUGGAAGAGUCCAUGCAGUGUGUAUCCAAAGCCGAUGACCUCAAAGUACUGCUUAGAAGCAAGGCCCAUCUUAGUCAAAUGUACACAAUGGAUACCAGUGUGCCCUCAUCCUCGGAGCAGCUGCUCUUUUCGUCAUUAUCUUUCCCUCCUUCACUGCCAGAGACAAACGCUCAAGACUUAGAAUCUAAUACACAAACAUUUCUGGAGCAAGAAGAAUCUGAGGCUAUUUCUCUUCAGGACGCAUUAAAUAUGGAGAUACAGGAUGUGAUAUGGCCAUCUGAGGAUGACGUCAUCAUUCUAGAGAGCAGCAAUGCAGGACAAACAACAGGAGGGAAAUGCAGCGACAGCGUUCCUGAUGCUCUCACUUUGGAGGAGUAUGAUAAUGGAGCUUCAGGCAGCUUCCAUUCUCCCUCUACAUCUGCCAAUAGUCCCGUGUCGUCCACUUCAAUGAUUGCCCCUCCACGGCAGAGAGUUGCACACAAAUGCAGUCAUUGUGGAAAAUGCUUCAUUUACCGCUACAAACUCCUGGAGCAUCAGAGGCUGCACACCGGAGAAAACCCUUACAAGUGCUCUCAGUGUGGGAAGUCCUUCAGAAGGAGCUGUGACAUGUCGUCUCACAGGCGGACACAGUGCACACAAGCUGCUUAUAUUUGCCUUAAAUGUGGGGAUAGCUUUCAAUCACUAAAGGACAAAUUAAGACACCGGUGUGGUCGCAUCGUCCAAUGGUUUGACUGUUCUCAGUGCGGUAAAAGCUUUAAAAAAAUGCACUUGCUGAAUAAGCAUGAGCGGACUCACACAAGGAUCUGCAACUUCACGUGCAAACCGUCUGGGCAGGAGUACCCCAGUAUGAGUGAGAUGAGGAGCAACCAGAAGAGUCAUCCUCCCAAGAUUUCCAAACAGUGCAAGCGAUGUGGGGAAAUGUUCAGCUCUGUCGCCCGUUUGACAAAGCAUGAGCUGCGCCACAAGAAACAGGACCAAAAGAUUUGUGGGGAAUGUGGCAAAGCUUUCAAGAGCAAAUAUGAAGUGUCUCUUCACAUGCGCUGUCACACAGGUGAGAGGCCGUUUCAGUGCACGUACUGCGGCAAAGGUUUCUCCAGAUCGGGUAACCUGAAGAUACACUUAAGGAUCCACACGGGAGAGAAACCAUAUCUUUGCUCUGACUGUGGCAAGGGUUGUAUGUCAGCUGGCGAUCUGCAGAUACACAGACGCAUCCACACAGGGGAAAGACCAUACAAGUGCACUGACUGUGGGAAGGGAUUCACCACCGCAAGCAACUUGACAGUUCAUAUGCGGGGUCACACUGGAGAGCGCCCUUACAUCUGUUCCAUAUGUGGACAAGGGUGUAUUACUGGCACAGUAUUAAAAAUACAUACUUUAAAACAUACUGGUUUCAAACCCUACCCUUGUCAUAUAUGUGCAAAGGCUUACACAAACCUCACUCACCUGAAGAGACACUUGAAAAAAACUCACAAUGUAGUGCAAAACCAGACUGUCUAAUUGAAUAGAGUACCAUAUGCCACUUUAAGCAAGUUAAUGCAACUGGCCUGGACUAAUUUUUGUGAUACAUUUAUAAACUUGGUUUUCACUCUCCAUCUCCUGUAAGGACUAUGUUUUCAAAAGAUUUUGUCCUGGCUGUUUCAUUUACCUGUGUUGUUGGAUCUGUUCACAUUGUACCGUGUACAAUUACAUUUGUGUUUUCAAUUUUGUUCUGUGAAUCUGUCAAACAUGUUUUAAAUUGUCUCUAAGAAAACAGAGUAAAACUUGCUACUAAGUGUA